AUGCGAGCGCUUGCCAGCACUGUUAGGCAGGCUCGCCAAUCAUUCCCUCAUCUCUAUAACCUGCACGAAGAAAUCAACAAGAAGCUCUCUCAAGCCCGGAAAGCUACAGCAAAAUGUGCCAGAGAAGAUGCCAGGAAGGAAUAUUUCCAUUGUGCGCCCGUGCUGGAAGUUGACAAACAAAUCAAGCAACUUCUCAGCCAGUCUGACAGCGGUGAUAGUGAUGCUGCCGACGCCUCUGAUGACGAAGAAGAUUGGGAGCUUCCCAUCCCGGAUUAUAUCUUUUCUGAGCGGGCACGGCUCGUGGAAAAUUUUUAUGGCCCUGGGGCGGAGGACUUUGACGAGGAGAAUUUGCUUGCAUGA